UUUCCUAGCUUGGCGUCGUCCAUGGGAUCGGUUCUUGAAACUAAAAAUAGCAUUAGUUUAGGUUGUAAACGCGCUACUAUGGCAUCUGCUCGUCUGACGGAACACUUUUAAAGGCGCAGAUGGGCGGGACACUCAGAUAACACGAGACUGAACGGGGGCAAACGACCACACUGGACCUGUCAGGUCAUUCAUUAUUGGCAACAUUUACACGCUGAGUAGCGCAUUUCUGCUUCGUUUUAGUCAUGUUACACCACGGGAAAGAGGAGUGGGAGUCCAUCUGACUGAGCAUUUUACUGUCCAUAAAGGUUGAUUUCAUUUCUGAAUCCAUUUCUGCUGCUGCUCCGGUUCUUUGCGUGUCAAAUAUGGAGUGGUCUUAUUAUUAUUGUCCCCCAAAGCGUGGCACUGGGUUCCUGUGGACGAAACCAGAAGAUAUGAAAUAACUGUUCCCUCUGUAUUACAGAUAACAGUGUGGAUUUCCAGCCACUGCCUGACCAGCCCAGUUGGUAUGGAGGACCGUGGCCCCAAUGGCCACAGUGAUCCAGCUCAUGCUGACCAAAGUUUACAAGUUGACUCCGGUCAAAGUUGUGAUGGGAUCCAGGUGGAUGUUGGACACAUUCUUCGACAGAUUGCCAUCACAGAUGAGAGUCUGGACGAAGCCCAGGCCAGGAAACUGGCGCUCAACUGUCACAGCCUGAAGCCGGCCCUCUUCAGUGUUCUGUGCGAGAUGAAGGAGAAAACAGAUGGUGAUCAGGCUAGAGGAGACACUGCAGGACGAGCGUCAUAACAGCAGACGCUUUUGACUGACAAAUUGAUGGGAGCCACAAGAUCUUCUAAUCUGGCUUUAAAAAUGCCAAUACAGGAAAAGGAGGACCCUCCAGACCCACAAGUCAUGCGACUGGACAACAUGUUGUUCGCUGAAGGGGUGGCCGGCCCAGUCAAGGGGGCGGCGGCGGCUGCCUCCACUGCCACCUCAGGAGGGAUACCGGACGAUGAAAGUGAAGAACACGCCGACUACAGAGAGAAGCUUGAUCAAAUACGACAGAUUUAUCAGGCUGAACUGGAGAAGUACGAACAGGCGUGCAAUGAAUUUACAGGUCAUGUGAUGAACCUGCUGAGGGAACAGGCUCGUACACGACCCAUUACGCCCAAAGAGAUCGAGACCAUGGUCUCGGCAAUACGUCAGAAGUUCACCGCCAUCCAGACGCAGCUGAAACAGAGCACCUGUGAAGCCGUGAUGAUUCUGCGCUCCAGGUUCCUGGAUGCCAGGAGGAAGCGGAGGAACUUCAGCAAGCAGGCCAUUGAGAUCUUAAAUGAAUAUUUCUACUCCCACUUGGUGAACCCCUACCCCACCGAGGAGGUGAAGGAGGAACUGGCCAAGAAGUGCUCCAUCACUCCAGCUCAGGUGGCGAACUGGUUUGGAAACAAGAGGAUCCGAUACAAGAAGAACAUCGCCAAGUACCAGGAGGAAGCCAACAUGUACGCCACCAAAACUGCUGCAGAUUCUGCGAGUCUGUCUUCACAGACCAGUCAGUCCAACUCCCCAGCUACACCAAACUCAGGAGGAUACACAUCCUUUUCCUACGCUCCUGAUGAGAGAUUAUGAGAGAAAAAUCUUCGUCUUUCCAGGUCCAUGAUGAGUCCGUUCCCUCCAUAUCUGGACACAAACCUCACUGACUACUUAGUACUUCUUAUGUUCUUAACCACGUUGACUUUUUUAUUAGCAUGUUUUCCACUUCAUUUUUCCACUUCAUUUUGU